GGGGAGGCAGCGGGAAAGCGUCAUAUCACAACACGAGGGGGUGUGCAUGUGAAAUAUAAUUUUUCCUCAUGCGGAAGAGAUGUUGAUGCCACACGACGACAUGUUUGCAGGACGCCAAGUGGCAGCUGGGACCAGCUAGUCGUGACUGUUUUUCUUGCGAACGUCCUGCUCUUCAGGCUGCGAAUUGUGUCACCUUUCCUCCGGGUCAAAGCAGCACCUGCACCGGCAUGCCCGUCCACGACACUGACAGCAUCCUCAGCUACCAGCGGCCAGAUGAGGAGGUGGUGAUAGACCAGGGUGGGACCAGCUCGGUCCUGAACAUCCACUAUGAGAAAGACGAACUUGAAGGCCACAGGACACUCUUUGUUGGGGUCCGAAUGCCGCGGCAGAGCCAUCGGCACCACAAGGCUCAUGGGUCUCGGCACCGUAAGAAAGACAGGAGGGCGGGAAGCAUCUCAACGCAGCAAAGCGCAGGAAGUGAGAAGACGCCCAGUCACGACACGCCAUCCCAGCGAGUCCAGUUCAUUCUGGGUACUGAGGAGGAUGCUGAGCACGUGGCCCACGAGCUGUUCACUGAGCUGGAUGAGAUCUGUGUGAAGGAUGGCAAAGAUGCUGAAUGGAAUGAAACAGCCAGGUGGCUAAAGUUUGAGGAAGAUGUGGAGGAUGGUGGUGAGAGGUGGAGCAAGCCGUACGUGGCCACGCUCUCUCUCCACAGUCUGUUUGAGCUGCGGAGUUGCAUCAUCAACGGCAGCGUUCUGCUCGACAUGCAUGCCGACUGCAUUGAGGAGAUAGCAGAUAUGGUCCUGGACCAUCAGGAGGCCUCCCAUGAACUGGAUGACAGCGUGAGAGUUAAAGUGCGUGAGGCUUUGCUGAAGAGGCACCACCACCAGAACGAGAAGAAGAAGAACCUCAUGCCCAGCGUGCGCUCCAUCACCGAGGGGUCUCGUAAACAGUCAGAGCCACAUCUGAUGGCCGGGUCGGCCACAUCUCCUCAGCCUCCACCUCCUACAGAGCCGGCUAAGAAUGGUGCUGGACAGGACACGCAUCCACUGGAUCUCAGCAAGGUGGACCUUCACUUCAUGAAGAAGAUCCCAGAAGGAGCAGAAGCCUCCAAUGUGCUGGUAGGAGAGCUGGACUUCCUGGAGAGACCCAUCGUGGCUUUUGUCCGCCUCUCCCCCGCUGUCUUGCUCACUGGCCUCACUGAGGUUCCGAUACCCACCAGGUUCCUCUUCAUUCUCUUGGGCCCGGAUGGAAAAGCUCAGCAGUACCAUGAAAUUGGACGCUCCAUGGCAACCAUUAUGACGGAUGAGAUCUUCCAUGGUGUGGCUUACAAGGCCAAGGACAGAGGUGACCUCCUAGCUGGGAUAGAUGAGUUCUUGGACCAGGUGACUGUCCUACCCCCAGGGGAGUGGGACCCUUCCAUCCGUAUCGAGCCACCGAAGAACGUCCCAUCUCAGGAGAAGAGGAAGAUGCCAGGCGUCCCUAACGGCACAGCCUACCAGGUUGAGGAAGAUCCACAUGCUGAGCACCAUGGGCCGGAGUUGCAGAGAACUGGACGAUUGUUUGGUGGUCUGAUACUGGACAUCAAAAGGAAGGCUCCCUUCUAUCUGAGCGACUUCAAAGAUGGCCUAAGCCUGCAGUGUGUGGCCUCUUUCCUCUUCCUGUACUGUGCUUGCAUGUCUCCUGUCAUCACCUUUGGAGGGCUGCUAGGAGAGGCAACAGAGGGACGCAUUAGUGCCAUUGAAUCCUUACUUGGUGCAUCCAUGACUGGAGUCGCUUACUCACUGUUUGCCGGCCAGCCUCUUACCAUUCUAGGGAGCACAGGACCCGUGCUGGUGUUUGAGAAGAUCCUUUUCAAAUUCUGCAAGGACUACGACCUCUCCUACCUGUCGCUUAGGACCUGCAUCGGCCUGUGGACGGCACUCCUGUGUUUGGUGCUGGUAGCCACAGAUGCCAGCUCUCUGGUGUGCUACAUCACUCGCUUCACAGAGGAGGCCUUCGCCGCCCUCAUCUGCAUCAUCUUCAUCUACGAGGCCUUGGAGAAGCUGUUUCACCUGGGAGAGAUCUACCCCUUCAACACGCACAGUGAUCUGGACAAGCUGACGCUGGCAUACUGCCAGUGUGCAGAGCCAGAUCAUCCCAGCAAUAAAACCGUAGAACUGUGGAGCAAGAAAAACAUCACUGCUGCAGACGUACCUUGGGCCAACCUCACUGUUAAGGAGUGUUUGAGCCUCCAGGGACAUUUCGUCGGUACAGCAUGCGGCCACCACGGGCCCUACACCCCAGAUGUUCUCUUUUGGUCUGUCAUCUUGUUCUUCUCCACCUUCUUCUUGUCAGCGUUCCUCAAACAGUUCAAAACGAGUCGGUAUUUCCCCACAAAGGUGCGGUCCAUGAUCAGUGACUUUGCUGUAUUCCUCACCAUUGUGGUCAUGGUGUUGCUCGACUACGUCAUCGGCGUGCCCUCCCAGAAGUUAAAGGUUCCCAGCAAAUUCCAGCCCACCAGAGAGGACCGAGGGUGGUUGAUCAACCCAAUAGGACGUAACCCUUGGUGGACGGUUCUGGCAGCCUCCAUCCCGGCUCUUCUCUGCACCAUCCUCAUCUUCAUGGACCAACAGAUAACUGCUGUUAUCAUCAACCGGAAAGAGCACAAAUUGCUGAAAGGUUGCGGCUACCACUUGGACCUCUUGAUGGUGGGGCUGAUGCUGGCCGUGUGCUCCAUUAUGGGCUUGCCAUGGUUCGUAGCCGCGACUGUCUUGUCCAUCACUCACGUGAACAGUUUGAAGCUGGAAUCAGAGAGCUCCGCUCCAGGAGAGCAGCCUCGCUUUCUGGGCAUCCGAGAGCAGAGACUCACUGGUUUGGUCAUCUUCUUGCUCAUGGGAGGCUCUGUAUUCAUGACGGGAGCACUUCAGUUCAUUCCGAUGCCAGUAUUGUAUGGUGUCUUCCUCUACAUGGGAGCCUCGUCAUUGAAGGGCAUCCAGUUCUUUGACCGUCUGAAGUUGUUCGGUAUGCCGGCCAAGCACCAGCCAGACUUCAUCUACCUGCGUCACGUUCCCUUGAGGAAGGUUCAUCUGUUCACGCUCACACAGCUUACCUGUCUUGUUCUCCUGUGGGUCAUCAAGACCUCACCCGCUGCUAUCGUCUUCCCCAUGAUGGUGCUGGCUUUGGUAUUCAUCCGCAAACUGCUGGACUUCUGUUUCUCUGAUCGGGAGCUCAGUUACCUGGAUGAUCUCAUGCCCGAGUGGAAGAAGAAAAACCUUGAUGAUGCUUCCAAAAAGAUUGAGGAGGAAACCCAGGUUAUGCUCAGUACCAAAAGCGAAGAUGCUGCAACCGUUCACAUUCCCAUGGAGAGCAGUAAGCCAAUGCAGGCCUCAAAGGCACAUGACCCCAGGUGUGAUCCCUCUGAUAUUAAUAUCUCUGAUGAAAUGUCUAAAACCACCGUGUGGAAAUCCCUCAGCUCCAAUCAAAAGGAUUCUCGGCCUGUGUCUGCUAAGAAGGAUUGAAGAGAUGGCCUUUAUUGAUGAGUAAAGAUUCCCACAGUCCGUGCAGCUGGGACACAUAACUAACUGUCCAUCUGGACUCAGGAUGUCCCGAUUUGGCUCUUUGGACCAUCGGACGUCUGAGCUAAUUGGGAAAGUCUCAAUUUCUACAGGCUCCACAUAAGACUUAACAGUACAGUCCGUCAACACACACGCACACACCCACAACACUCACACACAUCCAUACAGCUGUGGGAUUUUUAUUGUGGUCUCACAGCAAGAAGGUUAUGGAAGAUGUUCUUUCACAUUUUAGAGUUUGUGCUGUCUCCCUCCCAUGGAUCAAUAACAUGCAAGUCAGCUGGGGACCCCAGUUAUUACCGUACAAUUUAAUCAUACAAGAAGACAAGUAGCAAUGACGUAGGGGCAGCAAAGCAAUCCUAAUACAGGAUGUCCCGAAAGUCUGGACACAUGAUGAAAUAUCAAGAAAUGACAUGUUCAACUACAUUUUAUUCAUUUGGAAUGUUAACAAAUAACAUUUUUAAUAUGCAAAGGUUGAUGCACUUUGCAAGAAUCACAUGAACUUGAAAUAACUUCAGAUUUCCUUUUUGUGCCCACACUUUAGGGAUACCCGGUAAUACCCCUCUUGCAAAUGCUCCAAUAUUGUCAUUAUUCAUGUUACAAAUUUGUUGUUUUUUUUCAAAAACAGAAUUUAAUACGAAUCCACAAUAAAUUCCAGCGGGUUCUUCCUUAGCUGCCAGCCCCUUGAGGUUUUUAUGUGGAAUUUGGUUGCCUGAUCCUUCUAACUUAACAAAAAAAAACCUUCUCAGUCAGGGGUGUCCAAAAUGUGGCUCGGAGGGCCAUUUUCUUUAUUUAUUGCCUCUCAACCCAUUGUGAAAACAAAAUGAAUUCAUUAUUAAUGUUUGCUUUGUUUGCUAUAACAUAUACAUAUAUUGACCUUCACUGGGUUGGUUUUAACAUCUUCAAUGUUCAAUGCAUCCCCCUUCCUUUAGCUUUCCUUAGCUUUCUGGAAAUGGGACCCCCAGAACAAUUUAGUUGAAUAGCCCUGGUUUAGAGUAUCAAAAAUAGGCAUUCAUAGGACUUCUUAUGGCUGCAUCCAUGUUUCACGCUAUUUCACUAUUCGUUGGGGUCUUAUAUCGUGGACCCCGCGAACAGCUGGGAUCUUAGAUUCUGAACAAUCCCCAUGUUGAAGACUUGAUUGCAGAGACCUUGUUCACACUUGUAUAAAAAUCCCCCAAACAGCAGAUUCCCAGUUACAUGGUUGGCUCAAAACAUACCUAACCCUGCAAUGGUUGCUGUUUUAACACAAUGGCAAGUACACUACAAACAUGGCUGACAUGCAGAACUGGCAAAUACUGUGUUUGGGCGUACAACAGACAAGGUCCUACUAAAUUACAGACCGAAUUCUUCUAAGCUUUGAUGGCUCACAUGGCUGGGCCGUAUGACAGACUAAAAUCAAACUUUCAUUUCUUAGUGUCUGUCGCUCAUCGUUUCUCAUGUUCGUUGUGCACAGUUCUCUCGUGUGUGAUGAUGUAGUCAGCCAGUCGGUUCACACAUUGCAGACCCAACCCUGACCCUCCUAACCUUAACCCUAACAUCGUAACACUAAUCCUCCUAUCCCUAACCUCCUAACCCCCCGACACUAGCUUUCCUAUCCCUAAACCCCCAACUUAACCCUCACCCCCUAACCUUAAACCCCCUAACUAACCAUUGUACCCCUAACCUCCUAAACCCCCUCACACUAACCCUCCUAUCCUAACCUACAACCCUAUCCCUAACCUCCUAAAACCCCGACACUAGCUUUCCUAUCCCUAAACCCCCAACUUAACCCUCACCCCCUAACCUUAAACCCCCUAACUAACCAUUGUACCCCUAACCUCCUAAACCCCCUCACACUAACCCUCCUAUCCUAACCUACAACCCUAUCCCUAACCUCCUAAAGCCCCUAACACUAACCCUCCUAUGCCUGACAUCUUAACCCUAUGACCCUUAACACUUAAGGCCCUUGCCCUAAUCUUAACCAUCCCUCUUAGCCCUAGCCCUAACCUUCUAACCCUAACCUAAUUUUUUAGUGUAAAUUGUGCUUUUUGUGUGAUGAUGUAAAUAUUAGAGGAUCGACACGAGUGGAAACAGCCAAAAGUACUCUAACAUAGUAGUGUCUUAUUUCUUUACCUCAGACUAGUUUGUUUAAACUCCUGCAAGGCACUUUGUGGGGUGGAUUUUGGACGUUUCAGAAGGCAGUAAUAAAGAUUUGCUCUAUU